AUCUGAUGGCUGAAAGUGGAGCAAGAUGGGUACUGAGGUCGCUGGCAAUGAUUGGGAUAAGCUUCUUUCUGGCUUCUGUGUUUGUUUCUGCAGACCGGGGCAUUAGGUACAGAGGAACUGAAGAGGUUCUAUCGGAUUAUCUUACGAAAGUUGAAAAUUUCUUGUGGCAGUCGGAUAAAUUGGGUUACCAACAUGUCUGGCCUGAUAUGAAAUUUGGAUGGCAAAUCGUUGUGGGUUCGAUAAUCGGAUUCUUUGGAGCAGCGUUUGGGAGUGUAGGAGGUGUUGGUGGGGGCGGGAUCUUCGUUCCCAUGCUUACCCUAAUUAUUGGGUUUGACGCGAAAUCGUCCACAGCAAUAUCAAAAUGUAUGAUCAUGGGUGGGGCUGCUUCAACUGUGUACUACAAUCUUAAGCUAAAGCAUCCAACUCUUGACAUGCCCAUCAUUGACUAUGAUUUGGCACUGCUCUUCCAACCAAUGCUCAUGCUGGGGAUCAGUAUUGGAGUUGCUUUCAAUGUGAUCUUUGCUGACUGGAUGGUCACCGUUCUGCUAAUUGUUAUCUUUCUAGGCACAUCUACUAGGGCAUUCUUCAAGGGUAUUGAAACAUGGAAAAAGGAAACUAUAAUGAAGGAGGCUGCUAAGCGCUUGGAGUCAAAUGGUGCUGGCAAUGAAGAAGUUGAAUACAAGCCUCUACCUGGUGGCCCUAGCAAUUCCACUCAAAAGGAGACCAAAGGAUCUGGAGAACCAGAGGCUCCUAUUCUUGAGAAUAUCUACUGGAAAGAACUUGGCCUUCUUUUUUUUGUCUGGAUUGCAUUUCUUGCUCUUCAAAUCACCAAGAACUAUACAACAACCUGUUCAAUAGUGUAUUGGGUUUUGAACUUAUUACAGAUCCCGGUUGCUGUGGGAGUGUCCUUGUAUGAGGCAGUCAACCUUUACAAUGGACGGAGAGUAAUCGCCUCCAGGGGAGAUGCAGUGACAAACUGGAAAGUGCAUCAACUGAUUCUUUAUUGUUCAUGCGGUGUACUGGCUGGCAUAGUCGGUGGACUGCUCGGUCUAGGUGGAGGCUUUAUUUUGGGUCCUCUUUUCUUGGAGUUAGGCGUACCUCCUCAGGUUUCAAGUGCUACGGCCUCCUUUGCCAUGAUUUUCUCCUCAUCCAUGUCAGUUGUAGAAUAUUACAUUCUUAAGCGUUUCCCAGUUCCUUAUGCUCUCUACUUUGUUGCCGUGGCAACAAUUUCUGCCUUUGUUGGGCAAUAUGCUGUUAGAAAGAUAAUCUUUAUCCUGGGAAGGGCGUCACUCAUCAUUUUCAUUCUGGCUUUUAUGAUCUUCGUGAGCGCAAUCUCACUAGGUGGAGUUGGGAUAGCAAAUAUGAUUGAGAAGAUUGAGAAUAAGGAUUACAUGGGUUUUGAGAACCUCUGCGAAUAUUAAUGCUUAGCAUGGACCUUUUUCUUCCUUCCCUCGAAAUUCUCUGAUUUAAUAAUAUUCAUAGAAGUUAUUCAUAUUUAUAAGGCCUCAAGCCUUCUCAUGCUUUAAUACAAAUCUUUGGAUUGCUAGGAUGAAAAUAACUGUUGCUCA